CUGAACAAACAGAAAAUUCCUCGAUUGUUCUGAUCACAGAUCGUACCGAGUAGGUUAACUAAGCUACCCGUUGCUGUGCAAAUACACCAAUAAUUUUAUUCGCAGUUAUCUAAAAAAAAAAAACGUCAACAAAACACGCAACUACCAGAGAAGUGCAGAAUGGAUAAAAAUUUAUGACUACGACGUUAUCCGGUAUGCAAGCGUAUUAUUUUGUGCAAUAUCUCAACAACUGAACCGUAAACAAAAUGGCAACAAAAAGCAAUUCGGGGAGACAUACUUUUUUCAUGUGUGUCUUAUUUUUGAUGGCUGCUGCUGCCAUUACGAUGUCGGCCAUCGCUUUACAUCGCAUGCUUAACGAAGACGACGACAUGCCAUCUGUAGUGACGCCUGCGUCAGAUGCAGAAAAAGGAUCCGCCCCGUCUACCACCCCCCGAUCCACGCCUCUCCCGGAUUCUCGCCGUGGUGCAGUGGUGGAUUGCUACCCUAAGAAUCUCAAAGAGAAGGAUAAAAUCGUUACAAAAAAGGCCUGCGAGCAGAGGCAAUGCGCAUGGAGAGAGGCUUCAAACAGUAAGGCCCCAAAAUGUGUUUUCCCAGACACUAUUGGUUACGAGUUCCAGUCGAUAUCUGGGAACGGGAACACCAUGAAUGUAAAAAUAAACAGGACUGGACCCGGAACAGUGUAUGGUAUGGCGGUACAUCAACAAAUUGACGUCACAGUGGACGAGUAUGGCGAUAAUGCUCUCAGGAUAUAUUUUCGUCCCACCGAUUCACAACCAUUUGAAAUUCCAGACGAGGCACUGAAAAUGAACAGACCUUCUCCACCUACUAAUAAAACGUAUACGGUAGAAAUUGUCAGAAAACCUACAUUUGGUAUCAAAGUCACCAGAAAAAGUACCAAUUCUGUUGUUUUUGACAGUAGUUUACCCGGGUUGACAUUCUCUGACCAGUUCCUGCAAAUAAGUACACGCUUACCUACAGACAAUUUGUACGGAUUUGGUGAGCAUAACCACAGACGAUACCGUCAUGAUAUGAACUGGAAGACAUGGACCAUCUUUACCAGGGACAUGGCUCCAGUCGAUGAAUGGAAUCUGUACGGGGCUCACCCUGUUUAUAUGAACUUAGAGGACAAGGGCAAAGCAAACAUGGUUUUUCUGAAAAAUAGUAACGCUAUGGAGGUGACGUUGCAGCCCGCCCCUUACCCAGCCAUAACUUAUAGAACAAUAGGGGGACUCCUGGAUUUCUAUGUGUUUCUAGGAGAGAACCCAAAUCACGCUCUACAACAAUACCUACAUGCUAUAGGUAGACCUGCCAUGCCCCCAUACUGGACUUUAGGGUUCCAUAUUUUAAGAUGGGGAUAUGAAAAUUUGACUCGUAUGAAAUUUAUCCAUCAAAGGAACGUUGAUGCUGAUAUUCCGUUUGACGCACAAUGGGGCGACAUUGACUACAUGUACAAAAAGUUUGAUUUUACUUAUGACAAGAAAACAUUUCAUGGACUGCCUGAAUUUGUAAAGGAGGUUCAUGACGAAGGAAAAAAGUUUGUCGUCAUAGUGGAUUCUGGCAUCGGUUCUGACCCACAGCUUUAUGCAGAAGCAAAAAAUAACAGCGUUGGUUACAGAAUGUAUGAGGAUGGGGUGGAGAAAGAUAUUUUUGUGAAAAAUUCCAGCGGACAGGUGCUUGUGGGCGAGGUGUGGCCGGGAGACUCCGUCUUUCCAGACUUUACAAAUGUCAAUAAAACAACCAUAUUCUGGGAAAAAUGGAUAAAAUAUUUCAUUUACAAUGAAUCAAUUGACGUAGACGGCCUGUGGAUUGACAUGGAUGAGCCAGCCAAUUUUGUCCAGGGAUCAAAGUCUGGGUGUCCGGUAAAUCAAUGGAACCAUCCACCAUUUGUUCCUCAGAUUUUUGAAGGAGACAGAGAUAAUGGUAGUUUAUAUUACAAGACGCUGUGUAUGGACGGACAACAGUCCUGGGGAAAACACUACGAUGUACACAGUUUGUAUGGACACAGCAAAAGUAUUGUUACUUACAAAGCUUUGCUGAACAUUGAGCCUAAUAAGAGACCGUUUGUGAUGACCCGUUCCUCCUUUGCUGGGACGUCCAAGUAUGCCUUCAAGUGGUUGGGGGAUAAUGGAAGUCAGUGGCGGCAACUUCACUGGUCUAUUAUUGGUAUGUUGGAAUUCCAGUUGUUUGGAUUUCCCCUGAUCGGAGCUGAUAUCUGUGGGUUUUGGGCGCAGGCUGAGUAUGAAAUGUGCUUGAGAUGGUACCAGCUGGGCACAUUCUACCCUUUUGCUAGAAGUCAUAACAUAUACAAAAAUGAUGGUGUGGAUUUUGCCAGGGAUCAGGACCCCACGGCCUGGAAUUCCACGUUUACGGACAUUGUACGUCACUACAUUAUGAUCCGAUAUAAGUUCCUACCCUAUAUGUACACACUGUUUAAAGAGGCUCAUACGGAGGGCAAAAUGGUGCUACGUUCUUUGAUGUUUGAAUUUCCAGAGGAUGAGAAUACCUGGUCAAUAGACAGACAGUUCAUGUUUGGCCCCUCCUUGCUAAUCUCUCCAGCAUUAGAUGCUGGUCAAAGAAGUGUUCAAGCUUACUUUCCGAAGGGAAGAUGGCAUGACUAUUAUGAGGGAAGUGAGAUCAGUUCACAAAGUGGAAAGUUUGCCUCCCUUCCCACUCCAUUGUCUCUCCUACCAUUCCACGCCCGGGGCGGAUCUAUCAUCCCUGUCCAGAACGUGGGGAACUCAACACAGUACAGCCGUCUGAAUCCAAUGGGUCUUUGGUGUGCCCUGGAUGAAAGUAAUAGUGCCAAUGGUACUCUAUAUAUGGACGAUGGAGAAAGCCUAGAUUCAUAUUCUUCUGGAAAGUAUUUGGAACUGAAGUUUGUAUUAACAAGGGGCGAGCAGUUAGACAUAUCGGUGAUUCACAAUGGAUAUACACCACCAGGAAACAUCAGCUUCACUAUCAUAGAAUUCGCCGGCAUGAUAAGUUUUCCCACCACUCUUUCUAUUAAUGGAGAAACGCAAGAAGCUAGACAUAUAAGACACAAAUUUAAUGAAGAGGGAACACCCAGCUCGACCUUGUCUCCAAAUGAGGCCAAGCAGGAUCGGACCUCUACUCCCGCACCAUCACAAGGAUCCACCCCUGAGCCAGACUUCCGGACUCGGGCAGUAGUCGACUGUGAUCCUCCCAAUAGUAAGAAUCUUGUCCGCGCUGACAGGACUGAAUGCCAACAAAAGCAAUGCCGGUGGAUUACACAUUCCCACAAAAGGGCUCCAAAGUGUAUCUUCACAUCUGCUGUUGGAUACAGAAUGUCUGGAGACGUCCAGUUGAUUGGGAAUUCCCAAUCUACUGCUCGGAUCGUGAGGAAGGGUCCCCUAACUGUGUAUGGUAAACCUGUACACAGACAAGUGGACGUCCUGGUCGAUGAGUAUGGAGAUAAUGCCCUCAGAAUAUACUUUCGUCCAACAAAUUCAAGCCCUUAUGAAAUACCAGAGGAGGCUUUGAAAAUGACCAGACCCUCUACAUCGUCCACUAAACACUACGCAGUAGAGUAUGUGAAGGGACCUUCCUUUGGAAUCAAAAUUACAAGGAAAAGCACGAGAACCGUCAUUUUUGACAGUAGUUUACCAGGACUGACAUUUUCUGACCAGUUCCUGCAGAUCAGUGCACGUGUACCAACGGACAAUCUGUAUGGUUUCGGAGAACACAACCACAGACGGUACCGCCAUGAUAUGAACUGGAGAACUUGGGGCAUCUUCACCAGAGAUUACGCACCUAAUGACGAACCUUGGAAUUUGUAUAGCGCUCACCCUGUGUAUAUGAAUCUUGAAAAAGAUGGUCGAGCAAAUAUGGUGUUUCUCAAGAACAGCAAUGCCAUGGAGGUGACGUUGCAGCCCGCUCCAUAUCCAGCCAUAACUUAUAGAACAAUAGGAGGUGUCCUGGAUUUCUAUGUGUUUCUAGGAGAAAACCCAAAUCAUGCCCUUCAGCAAUACAUUCAGGCUAUUGGAAAAACCCCCAUGCCGCCAUACUGGUCUUUGGGUUUCCAUAUAUGUAGAUGGGGAUAUGGUAAUUUGUCAGAAAUGGAGAAAGUACACCAAAGAAAUAUUGACGCAGAGAUACCCUUUGAUACACAAUGGGGCGACAUUGACUACAUGUACAAAAAGUUCGAUUUCACUUAUGACAGGAACACCUUUAGAGGUCUUCCACAGUUUGUUAAUCAGAUACACAACAGGAAGAAGAAAUUUGUGGUGAUAGUGGAUUCGGGUAUUGGCGCUAAUCUGACUCUCUAUAAUGAGGCCAAAGUAAACAGUCCUGGGUAUGAAAUGUAUGAAGACGCUGUUCAGAGCAAUAUCUUGGUAAAAGAUGGAAAAGAUGACAUCUUAAUCGGGAAAGUAUGGCCAGGACAGGCAGUGUUUCCAGACUUUACAAACGUCAAUAAAACUACACAGUUCUGGGCUCGUUGGAUAGAUUUCUUCAUAAAGAACGAAUCCAUUAAUGCAGAUGGUCUAUGGAUCGAUAUGGACGAGCCAGCAAGCUUUAUUCCUGGUUCCGAGAGUGGGUGUGAGAAAAAUGAAUGGAACAGCCCUCCAUUUAUUCCCAAGAUUAAAGACGGAGAGAAAGCUGGCGGUAAUUUGUAUUACAAGACGUUGUGUAUGGACGCUAAACAACACUGGGGUCGACAUUAUGACGUGCACAGCAUGUAUGGUCACAGUGAGAGUAUGGUAACAUAUAGGGCACUUACGCAGUUACGACCAAAUCAGAGACCCUUAAUAGUGACACGGUCAUCCUUUGCGGGAACAUCUCACUACGCAUCUACCUGGUUAGGUGACAAUGACAGCCAAUGGAAACACAUGCACGACUCCAUUGUAGGGAUGCUGGAAUAUCAAAUAUUUGGAUUUCCUAUGGUAGGUGCUGAUAUUUGUGGAUUUUUCGGAGCUGAUAAACGUGACCUUUGUCUAAGAUGGUAUCAGCUUGGAACCUUCUACCCAUUUGCCAGAAGUCAUAACGGCAUUUUCAGCCCAACAAAUAAAAACUUUGUAGAGGACCAAGACCCAGCUGCCUGGGACGCAGAUUUCAUUGGUAUUGUCCGUCAUCACCUGUUGCUACGAUACAAAUUUUUACCAUAUAUGUACACAUUAUUCAAAGAGGCCCACACUGAGGGCAAAAUGGUACUACGAUCCCUGAUGUUUGAGUUCCCUGAUGAUCCAAAUACAUGGUCUAUUGAUCAACAAUUCAUGUUCGGACAUGCUAUUCUUGUAUCACCAGCUUUGAAAGAAAAUCAGACAAAAGUAGAUGGAUAUUUUCCAAAAGCAAGAUGGCACACCUAUACGGGAGGACAAGAAAUCAACUCCUGGAAUGGACAACAUCACUCACUUGAUGCACCUCUUCAUCUGAUGAAUUUCCACGCCAGGGGUGGAUCCAUCAUUCCUCUGCAAGAUCCGAGUAAUUCUACCUACUACAGUCGUCUGAAUCCUUUGAGUCUCUGGUGUUCUUUGGACAAUAGCUAUAGUGCGACUGGUACUGUAUUUAUGGACGACGGUGAAAGUAUAAAUUCCAUAACCAGUGGAAAUUAUUUGGAGCUCAAAUUUUCUCUAAAUAAGGGAACACAACUAGAUAUAGUAGUCAUCCAUGAAGGAUACACACCGCCAGGAAAUUUGAAUUUUACAGUAAUAGAGAUCUCGGGUCUCGAGAGUUUUCCUUCCUUCUUGUACGUUAAUGAGGAACGAAAAGGAGCGAGUCAUAUAAGAAUGAAGAAUAAUAUCGUACAAAUUGUUGAUAUCAACUUGGAUGUGACGAGAAAUCACACCCUAAGAUGGAACAUAAUUUAUUUGACACAAGAAAAAUACAGUACACAGUGUAUCCGGGGAGAAUCAACCGUUAUGAGUACAGACGAAGAAAAAUCUGGGAAAAGAUGGAAGAGGGUGUUAGCUUUGGUGUUUGUUAUUGUGGUUCUGGUGGUUGCCAUAGCAACACCAAUAGCGAUCAGCCAAUCAAAGCCGCAGUAUCAGUACCACAAAUCAGAUUUCAUUGUAAAACCACAGAAGUUAUACGUACAGGAUGACGUCAUUGUGGACUGUACUGGUAGAAGAGGAACUGAAGCAGAGUGUAAACAGACCGGGUGCUUAUGGCAAACACCAAAGAACAAACGAGCUCCUAGAUGCAUAUAUCCAAAACAGCACACCUAUACUGUUGAGGGGGAUAUUCAAACUACUGACCAGAAAAUUAAAUUUUCGAUUCGACAAACACUGAAUAAAACGAUAUUCAACACAGACAUUCACAAGCUGAUUAAUGUAACUGUUGAUAUGUAUAACCCUAGGGUACUCAGGAUAAAGUUUAUGCCAAAUGUGACACCAAAGCCUUAUGAAAUACCACCAGAAGCCUUACCAUUGGACACCGCGCACCAAUCAGGACAGAGACUGUAUAACGUCACCAUUCAACAGAAGCCCAUUUUUGGUAUUGUCGUCACUCGGAUCUCCUCUGGAGCUGUCGUGUUUAAUUCUUCUGUCCCAGGUUUAACAUUUUCUGAACAGUUCCUCCAACUCACAAACCGUUUACCCUCAGAAAAUCUGUAUGGAUUUGGUGAACACAAUCACCAACAAUUCAAACACGACAUGAACUGGAAGACAUGGCCGAUGUUCACACGUGACACAUCACCUACUGACCGCUGGAAUUUGUAUGGAUCCCACCCAGUGUAUAUGAACCUAGAACACGAUGGAAAUGCCAACAUGUUGUUUCUGAGAAACAGCAAUGGAAUGGAUAUCCAAGUACAACCUGACCCCUUUCCAGCGGUAACAUACCGCGUAAUCGGCGGAAUCCUUGACUUCUUUGUGUUCCUAGGACCGACACCGGGGGAGGCAGUCCAACAAUAUGUACAGACUGUCGGACUUCCGGCCAUGCCUCCAUACUGGGCGUUAGGGUUUCAUCUCUGUAGAUGGGGAUACGGAAACUUGACGGAGAUGAAAAAAGUUCGUGAUAGGAAUGUGGCUGCCGGAAUUCCAAUGGACACCCAAUGGGCCGAUAUUGAUUACAUGUACAAGAAAUUUGACUUCACAUACGACAAAGUCACUUUUGAAGGUUUCCCAGACUUUGUAAAUGAGCUCCAUAGCAGUGGUCAAAGACUGGUCGUGAUUGUGGACCCGGGUGUGGGAGCCAAUCAAACGAUCUUCAAGGAGGCUCGAAAUAACAGUAAAGGAUACAAUAUGUAUAAAGAUGGACAGAAUAAAGACAUCUAUGUAAAAAUGAAUGGAACAGAACUCCAAGGCCAGGUUUGGCCAGGACUUACCGUCUUUCCAGACUUCACAAAUGUCAAUAAAACUACAGAGUUCUGGCAGACGUGGAUUAAUUACUUUAUAAAAAAUGAAUCUAUAGAAGUGGAUGGACUUUGGAUCGACAUGAAUGAGCCUGCUAACUUUGUCCCGGGCUCUAAACAAGGUUGCCAAAGAAAUCAGUGGAACAACCCGCCCUACGUGAUGCCAAUAUUGGAAGGAGAAAAAGAUAACGGCAGCCUGUAUUAUAAGACCAUCUGUAUGGACGCCAUGCAGCACUGGGGAAGACAUUACAACGUACAUAAUUUAUACGGGCAUAGCGAGAGCAUGGUCACCAACAAGGCAUUGCAGGAGUUAAGACCCAGAAAGAGACCGUUUGUUUUGUCACGUUCCACUUUUUCUGGGACUUCUAAACACGCCGCCAAAUGGCUGGGCGAUAAUCGCAGUCAAUGGGUGGACAUGCAUUGGUCUAUCGUUGGUCUUUUGGAAUUCAGCAUCUUUGGAUUCCCUAUGAUAGGGGCUGAUAUUUGUGGAUUUGGUGGCCAAGCUCAGUAUGAAAUGUGUAUAAGAUGGCAUCAAUUAGGAGCUUUCUAUCCAUUCUCCAGGAACCACAAUGCAAUUAACGAAAAGUCACAAGAUCCGGCGGCCUGGGAUCAAGCGUUUAUUUCCAACGUACGUCGUCACCUCCGCUUACGAUACAAGCUUUUGCCUUACAUGUACACGUUGUUUAAGGACGCUCAUACCCUGGGAAAAACGGUUGUUAGGCCGGUCAUGUUUGAAUUUCCCUCAGAUAACCGGACGUGGGCAAUAGAUAGACAGUUUUUAUUAGGAUCUUCAGUUUUAAUUUCACCAGUUUUGGAGGAUAAUGUAAGAAAGGUGGAUGUUUAUUUUCCCAAAGGACGUUGGUUCGACUACUAUAAGGGUACCGAAAUUCCGGGGUCUGGAACAGGGCGCGACAUGACCUUGGACGCCCCUCUAUUAACCUUGAACCUCCAUCUUCGUGGAGGAAUUGUUGUUCCUGUGCAAGAUCCAGGAAAUACAACUAAAACAAGUCGAUUGAAUCCCAUGGGUCUUCUGAUUGUGCCUGAUGAAGAAGGCAAUGCUAACGGAAGUCUAUUUAUAGAUGACGGAGAGCGUUCAGAUUCAAUUAAGAGUAAAAAUUAUUUAGAACUUCAGUUUCGAUUUAUCAUGGGCGAAAGAAUCGAUAUAAUGGUUAUAAAUAAUGGAACCGUCCCAGCGGGACAGCUUAAGUUCGAAACAAUUGAUAUCUACGGACUUAACAGACAUCCCAAAAACGUCAGCGUUGAUGGAGGACCUCUAACUCCAGGUCAAGAGGUUAAAUCACACUUCAGCAUUAUACAACUUUCUAACCUUAGACUCGAUGUUAAUCAAAAUCAUACACUUACACUGCAAAUGGAGACAAAGUAG